GCGCUCGCCGUACGAGUCCUUAGUUUUCUCAAGAGACUUCCGAAAGCAUUUGGAAUUGUCUGAAAAGCUGUCGGACGUUUUUGAGUCCGGUCAGUUUGAAGAAGGCAUAUCAUUUUUUUUUUUUUUUUGUUUUUAUAUUUCUUGCUGGAGGCAUGCUGCGAGCGCGGGUGGCGCUGUGUCAGUCCCUGAGACGUUUGAGGACUUCAUCCUGUGCUGCUGUGGAAGUGAAAAAUGAAUCCAUCCUGGAAUUUAAAGAAGGGAGUCCGGAGAGGGCGCAGCUUCUAAAGGCCUUGCAGGAGCUGAAGGGGAAGACAGAGGAAAUUCCCUGUGUGGUUGGAGAUGACCAUGUGUGGACCAAAGACAUCAGAUAUCAGCUGUCGCCCUUCAACCACUCUCACAAAGUGGCCAAGUUUUGCUAUGCUGACAAGGACCUCAUAAACAGAGCAAUUCAGGCAUCAGUAGCAGCCCGCCGGGAGUGGGACCUGAAGCCUGUACAAGACCGAGCACAGAUCCUGUUCAAGGCCGCUGACAUCAUCAGCGGGCCCAAGAGGGCGGAGGUGCUUGCCAAGACAAUGGUUGGCCAGGGCAAGACGGUGGUGCAGGCGGAGAUCGACGCAGCUGCCGAGCUGAUCGACUUUUUCCGCUUUAACGCCAAGCACGCCAUCGAGCUACAGCACCAGCAGCCUCUCAGUGUUGAGGGCAGUACCAACACCAUGCUGUACCGUGGCCUGGAGGGCUUUGUGGCUGCUGUUGCCCCAUUUAACUUCACGGCGAUUGGAGGAAACCUGGCUGGGACCCCAGCGCUGAUGGGUAAUGUGGUGCUAUGGAAACCCAGCGACACUGCCAUGUCUGCUAGCUACGCUGUCUACAAGAUCCUGAGGGAGUCUGGCCUGCCUCCCAACAUCAUCCAGUUUUUGCCAGCCGACGGGCCUGUCUUUGGCGACACCAUCACGGCCUCCGAGCAUCUGGCAGGCAUCAACUUCACCGGCAGCGUGCCGACUUUCAAGCGGCUGUGGAAACAGGUGGCUGAAAAUCUGGAUCGUUACCGGAACUUUCCUCGGGUGGCAGGAGAGUGUGGCGGUAAGAACUUCCACUUUGUGCACAAGUCUGCGGAUGUGCAGAGCGUGGCGAUGGGAACGAUCCGCUCGGCGUUUGAGUACGGUGGGCAGAAAUGCUCGGCCUGCUCCAGGAUGUACGUGCCAGACUCUCUAUGGCCCCAGAUUAAGAAAGAGCUCCUCGCUGUCCAGAAGCACAUCAAAGUGGGCGAUCCCGUGGAGGAUUUCGGCACCUUCUUCUCUGCAGUCAUAGAUGACAAAUCCUUCGGUCGUAUCAAGAAGUGGCUUGAUCAUGCCAGGUCAUCUCCAAAACUGACAGUCAUCGCCGGAGGGAACUGCGACGACAAAAAAGGGUACUUUGUGGAGCCCACCAUCAUUGAGACCAAGGAUCCUCAGGACCCCAUUAUGAAUGAGGAAAUCUUUGGUCCUGUUCUGACUGUCUAUGUUUACCCAGAAAACCAGUACACGGACGUGUUGAGGUUAAUUGAUAACACUUCUCCCUAUGCCCUGACUGGAGCCGUCUUUGCUCGUGACAAAAACGUUUUGGAUGAAGCUGCAAAGGUCUUAAGGAAUGCAGCAGGAAAUUACUACGUCAACGACAAAUCUACUGGGUCCAUUGUAGCUCAGCAGCCAUUUGGUGGCUCUAGAGCUUCAGGCACCAACGACAAACCUGGUGGCCCCCACUAUGUCCUCCGAUGGACUUCUCCACAGGUUGUCAAAGAGACCCACAUCCCACUGAGAGAAUGGAAGUACCCUUACAUGUGCUGAAAGGAGACUGCCUGCCUGCCCUAAAACAACUAUGCACGCCAUCCUUCCAGAAUGAUAGCACUGAUGGACCGUCCUCUUUGACCGUCCCUCCCCUCUUAGCCUCAAUCUGUCCUGCUGAACGUGACUGAAUGUAUCUGGUAGUUGUAACCCAGCUACGAAAAGCUGCUGCAGCUUAAUUGGAACUGUUUGCGAGCCGACAUAGUCCGCUGCUCAGCCCAGCUCUACCAUGCCUGCUACAACGCCAGGCUCUCACCAACCCCAAAACCUAGAGAAAUUUCCUUUGGCAGUCAGUUGCAUUGCAAGUUUAUGAUUUAACAUUUAAAUCAUUAAAUUUUUAACUGCAACACAUGAGGGGAAAUUUUUGUUCCUCUUUCUGUUACUCAAGUAUUAUGCUGAUGUCCAGAUAUUAUGCUGAUUAUCUAGGGGAUAUGUUUCAAGACCCCCAGCAGAUGCCUGAAACCACAGAUAGUAUAUAUAGGGUUUGGUACUAUGUUUUUCCUACACAGAAGAAGGAAAAAAAAAAACUAAAGACCAGUGCCCAGGUCCUCAUA